AAAAUGUCGCAUGAUUCUCUUUCAUCACUAGCGUCAGGCUUGUUGAAAAGCGACUUAUUAAAAGAAGAAAAAGUUAGCAUGGAAAAUUUUGCACUCAUGCGAGUUCUUGGGAAAGGAGCCUAUGGAAAAGUAUUUCUAACACGAAAAGUUGGUGGACGCGACCACGGCAGAAUAUACGCGAUGAAGGUUUUACGCAAAAGCCGUGUCGUUACAAAAGCAAAAACGCUGCAACACACGCUUUCUGAACGUCAUGUGCUGGAACGCCUCAAAGGGUUGCCAUUUCUGGUUGAAAUGAUUUACGCUUUUCAGUCAGAUUCUAAUCUUCACAUUGUUAUGGAAUUUAUCAAAGGUGGUGAGUUGUUCACCCAUCUGUGUAAAAGAGGUUCAUUUGAUGUGUAUUCCGUGAAAUUCUAUGUAGCUGAAUUAUUAAUUGCCAUUGACAGCGUCCAUAAGCGACAAGUUGUUUAUCGCGAUCUAAAACUGGAGAAUAUUCUACUGGAUGAAAAUGGUCAUAUUAAAUUGACUGAUUUUGGAUUAAGCAAAGAAUUGACAGAUAAUGAGUUACACAGGGCAAAUUCUUACUGUGGAACUAUAGAAUAUAUGGCUCCUGAAGUAGUAGAACCAACAUCAGAUGGGUAUGAUGAAACUGUUGACUGGUGGAGUUUAGGUGUUAUUGCUUUUGAAUUAUUAACUGGAUGUUCACCUUUCACAGUUGAUGGUCAUGCAAAUACAAGUAAAGAUAUUGCAAGAAGAAUAUUAACAAGAAGCGUACCAUUCCCUCGGAAUCUUGAUAAGUGUGCUGUCAAUUUUAUCAGUCUACUGUUAGAAAAAUCACCUCGACGUCGUUUGGGUAGAAAUGGUGUUAACGAAAUUAAAUGCCAUCCAUUUCUUGACGAUAUUGAUUGGAAUAAAUGUGAGCGACGUGAAUUAGAACCGCCAAUUGUACCAAGGGUUUCUAACGAUAUGGAUGUAACAAAUUUUGCUCCUGAAUUCACUAAUCAGUUGCCAGUUUAUUCACCAGUUGAUGAUACUCCUUUUGAUACACGUAGCCUUUUUCGGGGAUAUUCAUUUGUAUCUCCGUCGGUGAUGUUUGCUAAUAAUAAUGUAAUUGGUGAACAAUAUUUGGCACAAGAUUUCAGUGCGUUGGUUUCAGUUUCACCCUUUUUUUCGAAAUAUAGGUUAGACCGUUCUGAAACUGGUCUUCUUGGCAAAGGGUCGUUUUCGAUUUGCAGAAAAUGCGAAAGGUUAUCAGAUGGAGUAGUGUUUGCUGUCAAGAUAAUUUCCCAGCGAUUUCAAACUCAAGCAAAUCAAGAAGUAAGCAUAAUGAAUUUGGUCGGCGGACAUCCCAAUAUUGUUCGUCUUGUUGAUGUUCAAUCUGACACUUUACACAUCUAUAUAAUUAUGGAGAUGCUUGAAGGUGGAGAAUUAAUUACUCGAAUCAAGAAAAUGGAGACAUUUACUGAAGCUCAAGCUGGGAAAAUAAUGAAGCAGCUCGUCUCAGCCGUUGCAUAUCUGCAUUCUAAAAAAGUCGUACAUCGUGAUUUAAAGCCAGAGAAUAUUCUUUUUGAAAAUAAUGAACCGCAAGCGAAAUUACGCUUGAUCGAUUUUGGGUUUGCACGGUUUUUGCCAUCAGCUAUGGAAAAUUUAACUACUCCUUGUUUUACCUUACAUUAUGCAGCACCAGAAGUUUUGGAAAGCGAUGACCAAUUACCACAGUACAACGAACAGUGUGAUCUGUGGAGUCUUGGAGUUAUUUUGUUUACGAUGCUUAGUGGCAACGUUCCUUUCCAUGCACGUAGCAAAUGCGAAUCAGCUACCGAUAUUAUCAGACGGAUUCGAAAUGCUCAAUUUUCAUUUGAUACACCCCAGUGGCGACGUAUUAGUGCUAAAGCGAAAACUUUGAUUACUUCACUUCUAACAGUCGAUCCGACGCAGCGCUUGUCAUUGAACGAAUUGAAACAUCAUCCUUGGUUACUGAGUGUAGCUGCACAAAAUGAAACACCGUUACAAACGCCAACGACUCUGUUGAACUCACAAUCAGAUACAACUGAAACAUUCAAUGAAACUCUGAAUGCUUUUUUGAAUGCCAACCGGGAAGGAUUUCAUCUAAUGGAAGUAGCAGCAGCUCCACUGCUUGUGAAACGACGUGGAAUGAAGAGGAAGAGCUCCAGUUCACGUGAGCCUUCACCAGGAUUUGAAACGACUGCGAACAAAAAGACUCCAGGUAUUAGUACACUUGAAACGGUACCGGAAGUUUCUUCUCCUCAUGUCUCACGUCCUUCCUUAUUGGUCCUAAAAUCACCACCCAUGGAUUAUAGAACACCCAAACCAUCGACUUUUCGGAAUACCAGAGAUUCCAUUUAG